AUGGAUAAUUCUAAACCGACUACAUCAAUCGAAGACGAAAAUGAUGAAGAUGAAUUUGCAUUAUUGGGUGAUCCUGUUGAAGUGAUUGAGCUCGAUUCAUCAACAGCUAAUGCAGCUCCAGUUGAAGAACCUUUCGAUGAUUUAGAUUUAGAUCAUGGAGACAAUCUGAAUGAUGACGAAGAUGAAUCAGAUCAAAUGGAACAAACAGAACUGGAAGAUGAUGAUGCUCUAAUAUUGUUUAAUAAACAUGAAAAAUCCAAAUCUGUUUUUUGUUUAUCGGUUGAUCCAUCGACAAGCACAAAAGUGAUAAGCGGCGGCGAAGAUGAUAAAUGUUUCUUAUGGAAAAUAGCCGAUGGUGAAACGCUGUGUGAAUAUAACAAUUUUCAAGAUUCGAUUAUUGAUUGUUGUUUUAGUUUUGAUUCAAAGUAUGUAUGUGCAGGAGAUAUGGGUGGUCAACUUCGGUGUUGGGAUGUGAAUAGUAAAGAGGAAAUAUGGUCAUUUCACACUGGUAGCGAUAUAGAAUUAUUACGUUUUCAUCCGUCUGCUCAUAUACUACUCUGCGGUACAAAUGAUUCACAAUUAUGGCUAUUUAAAAUUCCAUCAGGCGAAUAUAAAACGAUGCACGGUGCAACAGAUAAAUCUCUGUUAACAUUGUCAAUUUUAUCGAAUGGUAAACAAUGUAUCUGUGGUUAUGGAAGUGGACAAAUAAAAAUGUGGGAUCUCAAACAAUGUCAGACAGUAUGGCAAUACGAUCCAACUACAACAGAUGAUAAUAAUCAAAUCAUAUCAAUGUGUGUAAAUGAUGAAAACUCGUUAGUGGCAUGUGGAUCAACGGAUGUGACAUGUAGAAUAAUAAACAUUACCAACGGUAAAUUAUUAACAUUGUUCAAUUGUUUUUUGGAGGAAGAUGAAAAAGUCGAUAAUUCUGUUGAAAGUGUUACGUUUGGUGGCGAAAAUCUUCUGAUAUGUGGCACAGUUAUUGGACAUUUAUUUAUAUGGGAUGUAAAUUCAAAACAAAUUAGAACCAGGAUUAAUACGAAUAGUGGAAUUGUUAAAUGUAUAAGUGAUUCAACAUCAUUAUAUACAGCUUGUUUAGAUGGUCAUAUUAAAUUGUUUGAUGUUAGAAAUGGUGAAUUGCUAAAAGAAUGGAAAAGUGGCGGAGGAAACGAUUGUCAAAUAUUAAACAUGGUGAUAACAAAUGAUAAACAACAUAUUCUUUGUUCGUAUAGCCAAGGGACAUGUAGGAUAUUUAAAACAAAUAAAACAUAG